AUGAGGGAGUCCAUCGUCUCCAUCCGUUCUGUAGACCAGGUAACAUGGCAAGAUAAACGAUUCUGGCUCGGUGUUAGAGACCCAUACAGCGCGACACACAACAUCGCCCGUUCGGUCUUCUGCUGGCAAGUCUACGACAACAUCGUCAAAAAGUUCCUCUUCACAUUUUUCCACUUUCGGAAUGUCGCCGCCGAAACUCGUUCGCCGAACUCUUUACUGCCAUUCGUCAUUUCUCAAUCUUACGUCAUAACGACCGGAAGUAAGGAUGGGGAGUUGGAAGUUGAUAAUGUGGCAGAUGAAAAGCUAAAGAAUGCUCGAUCUUUGCUUUCCUCGUAUGAGCGAUCUUUGUUGACAUAUUUUUUUGGUAAUAUCAACUAUAGGACCAGCUUG